CGAGUUACUGGUACCAUCUCAUUCAAACCGCGCCGAAAGGCUUUAAAGUCAAUACAUCCUGCAUGUACCACAAUCUUCAGUAAUGAAUACACCGCGCGUUAGUCCAUAUUGAGUAAACAUUUGUUCCACCCCGCAGUCUUUGCUCCCAGAAUGCAACAGGCAACAAAGGGACAGAAAUAAAAGAAAGGAAAGAAAGUUUAAGAAAGGGAAAGCACAAUGAGUUUGGGCUAGAAAUUGAGCAGGUCACUGGUCAGUACUUUGGUCUCCUUUGUUUUAUUCGUGAUGUUCCGAAUCAGCAGGAUAAAAAGUGGCGAUAUCCUUCAUAUUUUCCAUAUGUGGUUGAAAGUAGUGGAGAGCCGAGUUUGGGUUUCUGUAUAACUAAUCUUUUUCUGUAUUGUGCCAGUGGUGCAUACACUUUCUGCUUGGUCAAGAGAAUCUAAAAGAUUGAGAGAUGGCAAAGGCUGGUCCUGAGUAGAUGUACCUGUUUUAGUUCCUGGAUGUGAAAACAGAACCUGGAGCUUUUUGAAGUUGGGGGCCAGUGAUACUAGCACUGAUUGAGGUGAGUUGGCAUGGGGGAUGGGGAAGUAUAAAGCAAUUUCCAAAAUCUGUGUACCGGUUAGGAGGAAAUGGUCGAAGAAUAUUUUGUUACCGUGUGUCCCGAGUACUGGUGCAGUCAAACUGAAGUCUGACAUAGACUGGUGAUUCUGCCGAGUGUUAUCUUCGUUCUUGUAGCUCCUUUGCAUGUGUUCACUGGCCGUUUCUCUUAGCUUCAAAGAUUACAGAUGAUGGACUAAAGGCUUCCGUUCCCCCCACCGCCGGUAGCAGCUGGUCUCGGUUUGUGAUGGUCUUGCUGCGGCCUGCACAGUGCAUUUUCUUCACUUGGAUGUGAUGGCUGUCCAUAUGGUUAAGUGAAUGACUGACCUUGUUUCUCCAGAGCUGCAGGAGUUGUUAAUCGUUUGGACUGAUUUGCUUUGCCAGAAUGAAGAAACUCUCUCUGAAGGCAUGGCGGAAGUCGUUCAAUUUAAAUAAUAAAAGUAAAGAUGAUAACGACUGUAUGGUGGUUCAGCAGCCAGCCUUGAACAAUGAGUUUGUGAAAGAUGAGCCUCUCUUUAGUUGUUAUGGUAAAGAUCUGGCCAGCUGUGAUUUAAAUGAAGACGAAAAGGGUCAUAAAAAUAGAACAAAAAGUGAAGGCAUAAUGGGGACAUUAAAGAGAAGACUUUCAGCAAAACAGAAGCAAAAGGGUAAAGCAAACAGCCCUUCAGUGAGUUCUGUGGAGGAUGAUACUUUCUCAUCUUCAUCUGCCCCUAUUAACUUUAGUGAUGUUAAAGCCCAGAGGUCUUUAAGGUCUGCUUCUGUUCGUGAUCACCACUAUAGUCCUACACCAUGGCCGCUCCGCCCAGCUAACUCUGAGGAGACUUGCAUUAAAAUGGAGGUAAAGGUAAAGGCUCUAGUGCACUCUUCUAGCCCAAGUCCAGCAUUAAAUGGUGUGCGAAAAGAGUUCUGUGACUUACAGACUGAUAAUGUGUUUCAGGAACAAAGCAAUGCAUUAAAAAGUACAGAAUCCCAAAAUGGGGAUGUGCAUCUUCAUAUCGCCGAACAUGUGCCUGUAGUUAUUGGACUUGUGCCUCAGGACUACAUUCAAUACACUAUGCCUUUAGAAGAUGGAAUGUAUCCUGUAGAGGGAUCACGUACCUGCUGUUUUGAUGGCUCUUCACUGAUGGAGGUUGCCUCUCUCCCAAAUCAGAUGGGAUCAAACACCCUUAACAUAGAUGACAGUCAGGUGGCUCAGGAUCUCUUGGGUCCCCCAGAUAUCUUUAUGGAAUCUGCUGUCAGUGGCCUUUUUGGAACAAAUGGUGUCAUGCUACAGAAUCCAAGGUCACUUCACAGUGAUGGCACUCCACUUUCACCAUUGCUACCUCCAAUGCAGAGUACCCAAAUGCAAAGAAACUUCACUGGAUUUAAUGCCACAGAUGCCCAUGUUGCUGAAAGUAUGCGCCACCAUUUGAAUUUUGAUCCCAACUCUGCUCCUGGUGUAGGUCGUGUCUAUGAUUCGGUGCAGAGCAGUGGGCCAAUGGUAGUAACAAGUCUUACAGAAGAGCUAAAAAAACUUGCAAAGCAAGGAUGGUACUGGGGACCUAUAACCCGUUGGGAGGCUGAGGAAAAACUUGCUAAUGUACUAGAUGGCUCAUUUCUUGUUCGAGAUAGUUCAGAUGAUCGUUAUCUGUUGAGCUUAAGCUUUCGAUCCCAGGGCAAGACACUUCACACUAGAAUUGAACAUUCAAAUGGUAGGUUUAGCUUUUAUGAACAACCAGAUGUAGAGGGACACACAUCUAUAGUAGAUCUUAUUGAGCACUCUAUAAGGGACUCUGAAAAUGGAGCUUUCUGCUAUUCUAGGUCUCGUUUGCCAGGUUCUGCAACCUAUCCGGUAAGGUUAACAAACCCGGUCUCUCGAUUCAUGCAGGUGCGAUCACUACAGUACUUGUGCAGGUUUGUUAUUCGCCAGUAUACCAGAAUAGACCUGAUUCAGAAACUGCCUUUGCCAAACAAAAUGAAGGAUUAUUUACAAGAAAAGCACUACUGACUGCUUGUGAGACUGUAGCAACUUGCACUUUGGGAACAAUAAGACAUUGAAUUAAAGGUUUACAAAUGUUCAUUGUUGUAUCAAUGUUUGCUGCCAUAAUAUCACUCUUAAGAAUGAAAAGUGAGUGGCAUCUGUUGUGCGAAAUUGAGGGUAUUUUAUUGCUUUUUUGUUUUGUUCUUGCUAAUUAUAAAAUACUAAGCCUGUAGAUGGUGGGAUGAAGGUUUUUCACUCAUUGUUUGGCGUUUUUCUGUCAUCUGUCAGUCUCGCAAGGAAAUGUAAAAGUUGUAUGUUUCCACUGUUUAAGGUGCAAGAAUAGUCGGCUUACUGGAAAUGUGGACAACACAUGCAUUCAGAACUUAUCACCACUUAGAACUCGCCAUUAGUAUGAGUAGUUUAGAAAGCCGAUUUAAUUUUGAACCCUUGCUGCUAGCUUUUGUUUGGUUUCUGUUAUAAUACAAGCACAGCAGUUGUGAAACUUUA